AUGGGCGACAUGGCGAACGAGAUCAAGCUGCUCUCGGGCAACAGCCACCCGAGCUUGGCCAAGGCCGUAGCUGAUCGGCUCGGCAUCGAAAUUGCGAAGACCAUGUCCCUGAACUACUCGAAUCAAGAAACCUCAGUCACAGUUGGUGAAUCCGUCAGAGACGAGGAUGUCUUCAUCCUGCAAUCAACCGCCCCCAACAACAUCAACGACGGCCUCAUGGAGCUGUUGAUCAUGAUCCACGCCUGCCGAACUGCCAGUGCCCGCCGUAUCACAGCCGUCAUUCCCAACUUCCCUUACGCCAGACAAGAUAAGAAGGACAAGAGCAGAGCCCCCAUAUCCGCUAAGCUCAUUGCAAACAUGCUGGUCACUGCAGGAUGCAACCAUGUUAUAACCAUGGACCUCCACGCCAGCCAGAUCCAGGGAUUCUUCAACGUGCCCGUGGACAACCUCUACGCAGAGCCCAGUGUCUUGAGAUGGAUCAGAGAGAACCUGGGGGGGGAGGAUAUUGUCAUCGUCAGUCCGGACGCUGGUGGCGCCAAGAGGGCAACCUCGAUCGCCGAUCGUCUAGACAGAGGUUUCGCUCUCAUUCACAAGGAGCGCCCUCGUCCCAAUGUCGUGGGUCGCAUGGUGUUGGUAGGAGAUGUCAAGGACAAGGUUGCAAUCCUGGUGGACGACAUGGCAGACACCUGCGGCACCCUCGCCAAAGCCGCGCAGGUCUUGUCCGAUAAUGGGGCCAAGGAAGUUGUCGCCAUUGUUACACACGGCAUCCUCAGUGGCGACGCCAUCAACAUCUUGAACAACAGCGUCCUAUCCCGUAUCGUCGUCACGAAUACUGUGCCCCUCGGCGACAAGGAGGAGAGAUGCAAGAAGCUCAAGGUCAUUGACGUGUCACCUACCAUCGCCGAGGCGAUCCGCAGGACGCACAACGGUGAGAGUGUUAGUUUCUUGUUCACACACGCGCCCGUCUAG